AUGCAAGUUAAUACAGUAAAUGAUAUUGAAAAGUUAUAUUAUGAUUUUGAAUCAUUUUUAAAACCUCAUUUUCAAAAUUUACCUGGUAUUCAAAAAUAUCAAUAUUUUUGGUUUAAAAGAAGUGAACCAGAAAAAAUAUUUACUCAAAAAGAAGCAGAAGGAGAAUUUCAAUAUUUUGAUAUUUUUAAAAACAAAUAUUUCAAUGUUUGGGCUCUAAUAGCUAUAUUUUUUUCUAAACCUUUAUUAUUAGCACAUUAA